AUGGCCGAUCCUAUCGCUCCGUGGAGAACCGCGGCACAGGGUCAUUUGACCGCCGAUGUUAAUGGAGAUCCCAAAACAGACUACUCAAGGUGGAGACUGCUAGACGAUGAUGGUCGUCAGACGUGGCAUUACCUCGAAUCCGAUGAAGAGAAUGCAAAAUGGCCUCAAACGGUGGCUGACAAAUACUUUUUGGGGCUCCCUACGGGCCUUCCUAAACUGCCACCUGCGAAGACACCACUACAGUGUGCAGAGAAUGGCCUGGAAUUCUUCUCUAAAUUGCAACUCCCCCCAGGCAAUUGGGCCUGUGAGUAUGGUGGGCCGAUGUUUUUACUGCCAGGACUCCUUAUCACCUACUAUGUAACCAACACUCCAAUUCCUCCGGAGUACGCUACUGAGAUCAAGAGGUAUCUUUUCGCUCGUCAGCACCCCGAGGAUGGGGGCUGGGGUCUCCACAUCGAGGCCCAUAGCUCCGUGUUUGGUACCUGUAUGAAUUAUGUUGCGCUGCGCUUAAUAGGUGUCAGCGAAGACGACCAUCGAAUGAUCAAGGCCCGUGGGCUCCUACAUAGAUUUGGUGGUGCCAUUUAUGGACCCCAUUGGGCAAAAUUUUGGCUUAGUAUUCUUGGAGUCAUGGAUUGGGAUUGCGUCAACCCCGUUCCUCCCGAAAUCUGGAUUCUCCCCGACUGGGUCCCAUUUGCCCCAUGGCGGUGGUGGAUUCAUAUUCGUCAGGUCUUUUUGCCCAUGUCUUACUUGUGGUCUAAGAAAUUCACUCAUCCACUGGAUCCGCUAACCAAGCAGCUUCGGAGCGAGCUGUAUACCGAGCCGUAUGACUCUAUCGACUUCGCAAAGCACCGUAAUUCUAUUCACAAGGCUGACAAUUACUAUCCGAAGACGUGGCUAUUGAAUACGAUCAACUCAGUUUUAGUCAAUGUCUGGAAUCCCUACCUGCGGCUCCCCGCACUCGUGCGCCGUGCUGAAGAAUGGACCUGGGAGUUGAUCCGCAUGGAAGACGAAAAUACUGACUACGCAGGCCUUGGUCCUGUGAGCAACCCAAUGAACAUGGUUGCUUGUUACCUCCACGACGGACCUGAUAGUUACUCGGUCCGUCGACAUCGAGAGCGUCUGAAUGAUUAUAUGUGGGUAAAGAAUGAGGGGAUGUUGAUGAACGGCACCAAUGGUGUUCAGGUGUGGGAUACAUCCUUCAUCACGCAGGCCAUUGUCGUUGCAGGCUUUGCGGAUGAUCCUAAAUGGCGACCUAUGCUCACAAAAGCCCUGGAAUUCCUUGAUAAUCACCAACUGCGGGAGAAUGUACCAGAUCAGGAGAAGUGCUACCGUCAGCACCGAAAGGGCGCAUGGCCCUUCAGCAACAAAACUCAGGGCUAUACAGUUAGCGACUGCACAGCCGAGGGCUUACGUUCAAGCAUUCAGCUUCAAGAGAUGCACAACUAUCCUAAACUGAUAUCCACACAGCGCUUAAAAGAUAGUGUUGACUGCUUGCUGCUCAUGCAAAAUCCUUCUGGCGGUUUUACAGAGUAUGAGACCACCCGUGCGUCGCCCAAGGUGGAGUGGUUGAAUGCCGCCGAGGUUUUCGGCGGGAUUAUGAUUGGUUACGACUAUCCUGAAUGCACCACUGCCUCCGUCACUGCGCUGUCUUUGUUCAGCAAGUUCUAUCCCGAUUACCGAUCCGACGAGAUCAGGGCGGCGAAAGAAAAAGCUGUCAAAUACAUCAAACGUGUGCAGAGGUCAGAUGGAAGCUGGUAUGGAUCUUGGGGCAUCUGCUUCACCUACGCUGCUAUGUUUGCCUUGGAAAGUCUCGCGAGCAUCGGAGAGACCUAUGAAAACAGCGACUAUUCCCGUCGGGGUUGCGAGUUUCUCAUUUCUAAGCAGAAGGAAGAUGGAGGUUGGGGUGAAUCCUACCUCAGCAGCGAGCGACACGUUUACACCCAACAUGAGCAAUCCCAAGUGUGUCAGACUGCUUGGGCAUGCCUUGCCCUGAUGGAGGCAGGCUACCCGGACAAGGAGCCUCUUCGCAAGGCCAUGAAACUCAUGAUGUCUCGUCAGCAACCCAAUGGGGAGUGGCUGCAGGAAGCAAUCGAAGGUGUUUUCAACCAAUCAUGUAUGAUUUCAUACCCUAACUAUAAGUUCUAUUGGCCGAUUCGCGCUUUGGGACUCUACAGCAGGAAGUUUGGCAAUGAGGAGCUCCUGUAA